UGAUUCAUACUACCAAUUUUCUCUGGCAAAGCAAUGACAUACUCUUGUCAAGCUCAAAUUUAAAAGCAAAUGGAGUUGAAUCAUGGAUUUGGCUCUGCCUUUGCUUCAACUUCUUGUAACAUUCUGCUGUAACAAGAAGAAUUAUGGAACCAUAUACUGGGUGCUCCUGCGAGUAAAUUUGCAUAUCCGCAGAUGGACAAAAAUGGUGGUAUCCUUGGUGCAUGUUGGUCUUCAUAAUCGGUGGUAGAUGAUUAUAGCCAUAACUUGGUAACCUGGAGGAAGGAAUGCUGUGAAACACACCAAAUUGCUGUCCAACAAAGCCAACAGGACCAGCUCCAUUUCCUAGAAACCUUGUAGGACUACUCAGGGGGUUCGUCCCAACAUGCUCAUUGAGAUGGUUCUCAAGACUCCACACAUCUCCAACUUAGCUGCCAAAGGUCAGAGGAUUAACUAUUCCUGUGACUAUGACCAGCUGGUGGUCUGCAUCUAUCUUCACAGAGUAAACACCUGAACCAAAACCCAUACUGAGAGUUAUCAGAGUAGAACGAACAGAACAUUGAAAAGGGCAAGGAAAUGGGUAAAUAAAUCAGCACCUUCAAUUUUCUUGAGCAGUUUCCUGACUUUCUGCUGGCAACCUUGACAAUCAACAUGUACUUUCAGCAAAUGCGUCUGCGGAAGAAGGAUCAAAGCCCGAGACACAGUUCAAAAGAGGCAAAUAAAGGCCAAGUAAAACUUUCGUUAAUGGAAACAGCAGCAUAUCAGAGGAGACAACAGAGGAACAAAAGGAAAGUGGGAAAGUGGAUAGGAAUGGAGGGACCUCAAUCUUUUGGAGUUCAUAUCCAAUGCUUGACAUCUUGAACAAUUCAUAUGUGCAGCUAUCAGAGGAGGAAGAGCCUUUUCUGUCCAAGGUGUUCUCUUUUCCUUUCUUAGGAACCCACUUGGGAAGAUUGGUAACUUAUACACAAAGUUGAAUAGCAAAUGAGGGAGAGGAUUCCAGGGGAAGACAGUCUGAAAAGUGUGAGUAGACACUUGUUGACACUUAGAGGACCAAAGGCAGAAGCCAUGUGCCCAUUCUUCCCAGACUCUUGGAGUAAAAAAUUUUCUUGUGAGAGUGCAGAGUGCAGAACCAAUGAAGAUGAAUUUCCAUGACAGUGAGACAUUGUCAACUAUCAAAUGGUGUCUUUCAAUGGGUGAAGUUGGUACAGGAUAUAAUAUCGGCUUCUCAACUUAGUUGCUGCCACUUGAUUGUUGAAGAAGUUUGACCUAGGAAAUCCAUGCACAUAUUAGCUUCCCAGUAAUUCCUUUUAUUAUUAUUAUUAUUAUUAUUUAAGAUUUUCCUGAAGCCAUUAGACUCAUCAAUAUAGUGUAUACAUAGGUAUAUUUACUCGUUUUGUAUUGCAGAAACAGUGUUCCCUAUGAUGGCCUGAUAAUUCUUCUCUCAGAAAACACCACGUUUUUAUUAGCUCUGGGCUUUCUUAGUUUCCGUUAUACAAUCUAACCUGGAAGCUUAGCCUGAAUCAACAAUGAAGUUUAGACUGAUUG